GCGAGGGUGUUUGGUAUGCCCUGGGACGGGGCAGCUUGUUCGUGGUAAUUCUCAAGGUUUUGACCGUGUAACAAUAUUGUCGUAGUCGUCGUAGUCAAUCGUUGGUGAAGAAAUAGUUCGGCAUUAGAUCGGCCACGAGAUCACCUCGGUCCUCAGCUAACAGAGCGUAGAAUGGCCGCGGUUUUUGAUAUCGAGUUGCACGAUGCAGACACGGUGAAUAGAGACGAGUCGGACGACGAUAUUAUCGAGAUCGGCGAGGAAGAGUACGACGCGAACCCGAACGUGAACGAGAUCACUGAAUCGGAAGGUGUCGAAACAGUGCCCAUAUCCGAGCAGGAUGUAAAUCGAGGAAGGGAAAGGGCUGGUCCCGAGGAUUUCGAGCUCUGCAAAGUUAUUGGGAAGGGUGGUUAUGGCAAGGUCUUUCAAGUGCGUAAAAUAACGGGUAAUGACAGUGGGACGAUCUUCGCGAUGAAGGUCUUACGUAAAGCUUCAAUUAUAAGGAAUCAAAAAGAUACUGCACAUACUAAAGCUGAAAGGAACAUCUUGGAAGCUGUAAAGCAUCCUUUCAUCGUAGACCUUAUGUAUGCUUUUCAAACUGGUGGCAAAUUAUAUUUGAUCUUGGAAUAUAUGUGUGGUGGUGAAUUGUUUCGACAUUUAAAUGAUGAAGGCAUUUUCCUUGAAGAAACUGCUUGUUUCUACUUGUCGGAAAUAAUAUUGGCCCUCCAACAUCUGCAUUUACAAGGAAUUAUUUAUAGAGAUCUGAAGCCGGAAAAUAUUCUAUUAGAUGCAGAAGGACAUAUAAAGUUAACAGAUUUUGGUUUGUGCAAAGAGCACAUACAAGAUGAUACUGUUACACAUACAUUCUGUGGUACUAUAGAAUACAUGGCUCCAGAAAUUUUAACAAGAAGUGGCCAUGGUAAAGCAGUAGAUUGGUGGAGCCUUGGAACUUUAAUGUACGAUAUGCUUACAGGAUCACCACCAUUCACGUCUGACAAUCGAAAGAAAACUAUUGGAAAGAUUCUGUGUGGAAAGUUGAAUCUUCCACAGUAUUUGACGCCCGAUUCCAGGGAUCUCAUUCGGAAGCUACUAAAGAGGCAAGUCGCUCAGAGAUUGGGAUCCGGUCCGUCGGACGCGGAACAAAUAAAAGGUCACCAAUUUUUCAAGCAUAUCAAUUGGACCGACGUCAUUUCCCGAAAGUUGGAACCGCCUUUUAGACCAACACUAACCAGCGAGGAUGAUGUGUCACAGUUUGACAAAAAGUUCACAACAUCCGCGCCAAUAGACUCUCCAGCGGAGUACACAUUAAGUGAAUCAGCGAACAGAGUAUUUCAAGGAUUUACAUACGUGGCACCCAGCAUACUAGAGGACAUGUACUCACAGCCUCGCGUCAUAAAUGCUAGAAGUCCACGUAGAGGCAAUAUGCGCGGUUUUUCACCGCGGACGACGCACUUUCAUUUACAUAACACACACGUACAAAAUCAUAGACACAAUGGAGUUGGACAUGCCAAUAUGGAAGACACGGAGAUGAUCGAGAUAGGCUAACUGCCAUUUGUUUUAUAGUGGAAAAUGGUUAGCAUUUCGGCCUAACUGCUGGAUAUCCAUGACCAAAUCCUUGUGUCUCAGGGAGGGAUUUUAUAAAGAUAUAGAUGGAGUAGCAAAAGGAUAGGUCGAAUAUCCGGUACUUCAUUGGAUAUUCAGCAGUUAAAAUUUAGCUAAUUUUUUUUUUAAAUCAAAUUUAAAUAUAACAAAGGUACUAACUAAGAGUAUGCUUUAAGAACAGCGACGCAGCAGUUAUUUGG